ACACCUAAGAAUUACCAGUGAUACAGGGUAUUACACGUUUUCUUUAUUUCAACAUUAUUUUCCUGUAUAAAUAAAAUAAGAUAUUAUUACCCAUUUAACCAUAACGAAUUCUUUCUAACUUAUAAUUUAGCAAUCAAAUUAGUUCCUCCACUUACCAAAUAAGUGAUCUGUUUCAAUAGCUAUGAUUGCAAGCCAUAUCUAGAAUUAUUUCAAGUUUUGAGCAUUGAUUAGAAUACACACACAUCAUAAAAGUGGAUGUCGAUAUAACGCAGUGUUUUAUUAGUGUAUCAGUUUGAGUCGAAGAACAUUACCAAUAUGUUGUAUUUUGUUUUGUUGGGUGUCUCAUUCUUAGCGGCUGCAGUUGAAGGUGCAAACUUCAGCGGUCCCUCAAUUCAGCAAAUCACCCCUCCCGUAGACCAUGCAGAAGGUCCCACGUGGGACGGCCGAAAGAACAUCCUAUACUUCGUAGACAUCCAUUACGGAGGAGUGUUGGCUUACCACUACGACACCAACAAGCUGACGAGGGUAACCCUCAACGGAGAAGUUUCACCAGUGGUGCCCAGCAGGAAAGAUCCGAACAUCCUUCUGGUCGGCCUCAAUAGGUCAGUCGUGGCGAUCGAAUGGGACGGGAAUCUGGCGCUUGGAGGACAGCAGGUGUUGGCGACGGUGUCGAAGGACCAUCCCACCAGCAGGUUUAACGAUGGAAAGGCUGAUAAGCAGGGAAGAUUGUGGUGGGGGACAAUUGGCUACGAAUCGCCGACCGGCGACCUCAACAUGUACGAAGCCUACUUCUACAAAAUCACCAAGGAAAACCUGGAUAAUCCCACCAUCGUGAAAGCCCCAGUAAGCAACAGCAACGGUUUAGCGUGGAACAAAGCCAACAACAAACUCUACUACAUCGACACACCAACCAGGAAAAUCGUAGAGUUCGUCUACGACGACGACCUGGGUGUCCUCUCCAAAGAAAACCGCACAGCCUUCGAUGUGGACCUUUACCCUGGAAAAAUAACGGGAUACCCCGAUGGAAUGACCAUCGAUGAAGAUGACAACCUUUGGAUAUGCCUCUACGGAGGAGGAUCUGUUAUAAAAGCCAAUCCUACAACGGGGGAACUGCUGAAGGUGGUUCCAAUACCUGCCAGGGACGUAACAUCAGCGAUGUGGGGAGGCCCAGACCUGGACAUAUUGUUUGUCACCACUUCCAAACACAGCUUGAGCGACACUGAAAAAGUUCAGCAGCCUGGAGCUGGAAGCGUUUAUGCCAUAACAAACCUAGGAACCAAAGGACUGCCAGUUUUCACAGCUGAUAUCAUAGACAGCAUCGCCAAGAGAAGGAAUAUACUUGACAACAUAUUCAAUGCAGAAAUAUUCGCACCCUUAGCCCCCAGAGAACAAACGAAUAAUAUAGUAUAUCCACAAAAUAAUGAAAUCCCCCUCUGGAGGACAAUAAUGAAGACGAUAAGGAGUUUUUUUUAGUUAGUUGCCAAUAAAAUAUUUUUUUACCAA